AUGAGUAAAAAGUAUAACAUUGGUAUUAUUGGUGCAGGUAAUAUUGGAUCUGCAUUGGCCAAACAUUUGGUUGCUUUGGGUCAUUCAGUUGUUAUUGCAAAUUCUCGUGGUCCUCAAACUUUGAUCGAAGUUGAAAAGGAAACAGGAGCAAAGGCAGUUCAAAUCUCUGAAACAAUCAAAGACAUUGUCAUUGUAACCAUUCCAUUCAAAAAUAUUGAACAAUUACCUAAAGAUUUAUUUAGAAAUGCUCCAAAAGAUUUGGUCAUUAUUGAUACUAAUAAUUAUUAUCCAGGAUUUAGAGAUGCUCCAAUUGAAUCGUUGGAUAAACUUGAAUUAACUCAUAGUGAAUGGGUUUCCAAAACAAUUGGAAGAUCAGUUGUUAAGGUUUUUAACAAUAUUUCAACCUACAGUUUGAAAUUCAAGCCAACUCAAGAUAAAAAACACAGAGUGGCUCUUCCAAUUGCAGGAGAUGAUGAAAAGGCUAAGGCAAUUGUCUUUGAUUUGGUUGACCAAAUUGGUUUUGAUCCAGUUGAUGCAGGUUCUUUGAAAGAUUCUUGGAGACAACAUCCAGGAACUCCUUCCUAUGGUUGUGACUAUGGCAAGGAAGAAUUGCAAGAAAAAUUGAAACAAGCUGAUCAAUCUCUCUCACUUAAAAAACUUCAACAAGCUUUCGUUCUCUAUGGACAAGCAGUUGAACAGUUCAAUAAGGAGAAGGGAAAGGAGUGGACAAUGGUAGAAUAUCUCUUACAAGGAGGAGAAGAGUUCAAUGAUAAGUUUGUUGAUAUUCAACGUUCACUUUAUCAAUAA